GACGCGCUUCCGCACAGGUCUCCAGGUCACGUGGUGCGGGUGAAGGAGCGGCUGGCGGGAUGGAGGCCGCGCUCUUCAUCUUCUCUCUGAUAGACUGCUGCGCCCUCAUCUUCCUCUCCGUCUACUUUAUUAUUACUCUUUCAGACUUGGAAUGUGACUACAUAAAUGCUCGCUCCUGUUGCUCCAAGUUAAAUAAGUGGAUAGUGCCAGAGCUGAUCGCUCACACACUGGUGACUGUGUUGAUGUUAGUGUCAUUGCACUGGUUCAUCUUCUGUUUGAAUCUUCCUGUAGCGACAUGGAAUAUAUAUCGAUUUAUCAUGGUACCAAGUGGAAAUUUGGGAGUGUUUGAUCCAACAGAGAUCCACAAUCGAGGACAGUUAAAGUCUCACAUGAAGGAGGCUAUGAUCAAGUUAGGAUUCCAUCUACUGUGUUUCUUCAUUUACUUAUACAGUAUGAUUUUUGCCCUAUUGAACAACUGAGGCUUAUCGGGAGCCAAAGAACAGGAUGGAAGCCUUAACUUAGCUUCAUGAGAGGAGAGCCACCAGGAACAAUGCAAAUCAAUAUCGCACUGCUACUCGCAAAGUAUUUUUCUUUCCCUAUUUGAACUCCAUAUUUUUUGCUGUAUUUUUAACAUAAAAUAUUUAAAUAGAAAAAAAAAUCCAAUCACUUGUGUUUAAUUUUUUUUUUUUUUAAACACAGAGGAGCACUACGGUUUUGGUCUAAGGAUUCUGGGACUCCUAUUGUAUAACUAUUUCUGUGCCAUUUUGAAUACACCAGAAUGACAUUUUCAUCCAGUGGGGUUGAUUUAUAUUCAAGGAUAAAAAAUGUAAACAUUUUGGUAGGUUGUAAACAGAUUGUUUGUUUUUAAAGAUAAAGUGGCAUAGCGGGGAUGAAUAUUUUGUGAGAUGAAGCCAAUUUCCUGUCUGGUG